AUAAAAUUUUUUCAAAAAAAAUCUGAAUCGGCCAUUUUGUUCAGAAUUCGACGCUGAUUCCAAAUAUGUGACUUUCAAUCGGAAAUUUUUUGAAACGAAAAACCGACUUAUCGAUACUACUCCUUUAUAAAACUUGCAUAUUAACUAAAUUAGGUUAUGCAUGUGCUUUAUUUGACAAUAACUUCGCUAAUUUGGAGAGUAUUAAGAGUACGCCUAUUGAGUACGCCUAUUGAGAGUAUUAACAGAAGAACUUAUUCAACAUAAGCACUAACGAGGGAACAUAUUUGACAGACCCCCGUAGAAAAUAGAUGAGACCUAGCCUAUCUUGUAGAGAAUUUUACGCUGAUCAUGAAACGUAUAGUUUAACUGUCCUCGUUAUGGUCUCGAUGCGAGAGAGAACAUGAUUUAGUUUGCCUAAGGUACCGGUAAUUCAAAAUUACAGCAAGAAUUGUUUUCCGCUUUUUUUGGCAUGAUUGGAUAGAGCUCAUGGAGUUGCAUCGGAAAAAUACAAUCCCAUAUUUUAAGAAGUCAUUCUACGGUGAAUUUUUGGUGAAAAUAGCCAUUUUUUGAAAAUAAGCAAAAACCGUAAAAUUUUCAAAAAUAAGGAAACUUUUAAAACUUAUUAUUUUUCUAAAAUUCGGAACCUAGUGUUUUCUGAUCCUCCAUCGAGAACUGGGUAUAAAAAGCUGAAGUUAAAAAUUUUCAAGUUGAAACUGACUGUCCAAAUCAAAAUGCUUUAGAAAUCUGUUUAACAACUUUACCAGUCGAUCAUCAAUGUCGAGGAAUAAUCUAUAAUAACAUAGGAAAAUAUUACGCUAAUAUUGGCGAUUAUUUGAAUGCCCUCGUUUAUUACAGGAAAGGACUUCAAGUUAGAGUACAUUUAUCAGCUAAACAUGAGGAUGUAUCUCAAUCAUAUCACAAUUUAGGUGUAGUUUAUUUUAAACAAGACGAAACUCAAUUAGCAUUAAAAUAUCUCACAGAAACUCUUGUGCUUCGUGUACAAAAUGCAUCUCUGAAUCAUCAUUUAAUAACUGAAACAUGUCAGAGAAUCGGAAAGAUUCUUCACUCAGACGGUGAUUACGAAAAACCAUUGGAAAAUUUUCAAAAAACGAUAAAACUCAAAUUGAUAUCACCACAAACAGCAUACAGUCAAAAUGACGUUACAACACUUUUAAAUUUUCUCGAAGAAGAAACACGACUUGCCCCGGGUGAACCGUUACCGCCGUUACUCUGGCAACGUGGUAAUCAUACGGCCGAUCGCAUAAUACAAGCUCAUCAAGAUAUAUGUAUUGAAUGGGGUGUAUUAGAUAAAAUCAGUACGUUAAAAUCAUUUGAAACAGCUACACGUCAAUUAGCACUAGCAUCUUUACCAACGAUUUCCAAAGUAUUACCAGUUGUUACUGGUUUAUUCACCAGUUUAGAACCAUUAUCAUUUGACCCGCAAACUGUUCAAAAAUUAAAAGAUGCAUUGAGAAGUGCUUAA